AUGGACGACGACGAGAGAAGAAACGGAGAAGUUGAAUCUCGCAAGAGCAGGGAGGCAAUCAUGCGGAGAUUAAUCGCGGCGGGACGCCUUGUUCCACUAUCAGCGAAUGCAAGACCUGGCAGCUGUCAUGUAGUGCCGACCCAACUAAUUCUAGGACAUAUUAGAGAUAUCUCCAGCUACUGUUAUUUAAUUACCAACCAGGUGACGGUAUUCAAGUGCGGCGGAAUCACGGUCGGCAUCUGCUUCAACCACCUGGUGUUCGACGGCCAGGGUGCGGCCCAUUUCCUGAAAGCCGUAGGCGAGAUGGCGAGAGGCCUCCCGGAGCCGUCGGUCGCGCCCGUCUGGUCCCGCGAAGCCAUUCCGGACCCCCCCAAGAUCCCCUGCAGUGGCCCGCCGCCGUCCUUCACGGCCUUCAAAUUCGUCAUCUCCGUGAUCGAGAUCUCAUCGGAGAGCAUCAACUGCACCAAGAAUGACUUCACAGCCGCCACGGGUGACAAGUGCUCGACCUUCGACGUCGUCACUGCGAUGCUCUACAAGUGCCGCGCCAAGGCCAUCAACCUACCCCCCGAUGCCGAGGUCCGCCUGUGCUUCGCGGCCAGCACCCGCCACCUGCUGCACCGCGUGCUGCCGUCGGUCGAAGGCUACUACGGCAACUGCGUGUACCCCGCGGGGAUCACGAGGACGAGCGAGGAGAUCGACAACGCAUCGAUCGUCGAGAUCGUGGCCAUGAUCAGGGACGCGAAGGAGGCGCUCUCGACGCGGUUCGUCGACUGGGUGAAUGGAGGGGCCAAGGACAACCACUACAACAUGCCGCUGGACUACGGCACGCUAACCGUGUCGGAUUGGAGCCGUCUCGGCUUCAACAAGGUCGACUACGGGUGGGGGGAGCCGAGCUACGUUUUCCCGCUGAAUGAUGAUGUGAACAUCGUCGCGAUGACGAUAUAUCUCAAGCCGCCGGCGCCGAAGCAGGGGAUCAGAUUGAUGCUGCGUUGCGUGGAGGACGAGCACUCCGCUGUGCUCUGCAAAGAACUGCUGAAGUUGGCGUAGGGAGAAAUUUGCUCUUCUUUUUUGAGAGGAUAUGCGCAACUAAAUAUUUGAAUUUGAUGAAACUAAGCUGCUUGUAAUUCAUUUUGUUGGUGAUGUACUAUUACAAGUCAAAGUGUGUAACAUUAGAGACGUUAAAUUUUUUUGGAUUGAUAUAAAUUCGUGCUUGUUUUUUCAAGAA